AAGUUAUUUUUUCUACAGCACAACGUAAGCAUCGCAAAGAGAUCGUAAUACCGUAUCGAUCCAUUGCAACCAGUCGUUCCGUUUGGGCUGUAUGGAUUGCGUUUUUUGGGAAUGCAUUCGGAUUUCAACUUGUUGUUCAAUAUAUGCCAACAUAUUUGAAUAAAACUUUGGCAGUUCCAAUCGAACAGACUGGUCUAUCAGCAAUAUUACCACCAAUCGUUCAGUUAAUUGUUAAAAUGAUCGCUGGUAUUCUUUCUGAUAAAAUAAUCUGCAUUUCGGAGAAGUUCAAGCUUCAAUUAUUUAACACGGCAGCAAUGGUAGGAUGUGCUUUGUUUCUGCUACCACUUGGCUUUCUAAAUUCAGAUCAUGUUGGAAUUGCUCUCAUUUGCUUUACGGGUGCUGUAAGCUGCAUUGGAUUAAUUGCUUGUGGUUCUAUGAAAUCAGCCACAUUAAUUGCUCGCACAUUUACCGAAUUUGUUAUGGUUGUUGUUCAACUUGUAAUAUGUCUCAGUAUGCUUGCGGUACCAUUUGUGGUCAGUACAUUAGCACCAAACAAUACCAUACGAGAAUGGCGUUAUAUCGUAUUCAUGACAGCUUUCGUUUUAAUGCUAUGUAAUGCAAUAUUUUGCUGGUUAUGUAGCGCUGAGCCAGAACCUUGGGCUUUACUUGUAGAAGUGAAAUCUGAAAAUCAUUGUGAAGCUAAGGAGAAAUUAAGUCAGCAAGAUAUAGUUUAG